AUGCAAUCCUACUUUGAUACAACUGAUACCGUCAUGAAUGCAUCAUUAUCAGUCUUUGUUUUUUGCCUUGCCUUGUUUCCUUUGAUUUGGGCUACCUUCGGUGACAAAUAUGGACGACGACCAAUGUACAUUAUUUCAUUCUUGAUCGCCAUCAUUGGCAUGGUGUGCUGUGCUGUAUCUGUAAACGUGACCAUGUUCAUUGUAUUUCGGGCAGUGAGUGCUGUGGGUGCAUCAUCUAUGCUUUCAUUGGGUGCUGGAACCAUUGGUGAUAUUACAAGUGCAAGUGAACGAGGAAGAGCCUUUUCUAUAUAUCAGAUGGGACCUUUAGCAGGACCAGCAUUGGGACCCAUCUUUGGUGGCUACCUUAAUGAAGGUCUUGGAUGGGAAAGCAUCUUUUGGUUUCUCACCAUUUUGUGCUUUGUGGUAUGGGUCGCCAUUAUCAUCUUCCUUCCCGAGACCCGCUACGAUGUCUCUAUGAAAAAGGAGCUCUCCUCAUCCGACUCAUCUUCCGAGAAAACAACCUCAGAACAACAAACAAAGAGCAACAACAACCAUCGGCGCCAUCGUUUCAUGAACCCAAUUGCUGCAUUAAAUUUCAUGCAAUACCCCAAUAUUGCCCUAGCGGUUCUGUUUCUCGGCAUACUAUUCUUUGUGUACUACUUGUUGAACAGCAAUUUCACUCGCAUCUACAACAAUCAAUAUGGAUUUGACUCCGGCACAGUGGGCUUAUUCUACUUGCCCUUAGCAGGUGGCUUCAUUAUUGGCAGCCUUGUUGGUGGUCGUUACUCUGACAGGUUGUAUAUGCGUCGUGCUGCCAAAUUGAAGGAAAUCAACCAGUCGCCCUAUCCAGAAUUACGCAUUGGCGGCUUCUUGCUUUAUGCUUGCAUGGUCGUAUUGCUGCUAGCCUACAUUGCAUUUGGAUGGUGCGUUGAAAAGGAUGUACACUAUGCCUUUGGUUUGGUAUGCGCUGGUAUCAUUGGUCUUUGCCUUGGUCCACCCAACACCAUUCUCCCAGCUUACAUUAUCGACUGCUUUCGUGAAAAUGGAGCCUCUGUUAUAGCCUGCAACAACUUCGUACGGUAUAUCCUAGCUGGUAUUGGGACGCUGGUGUCAUCCGAUAUGGCUUAUUCUAUGGGAUCAGGUCCACUGUAUACAUUUUGCGGUGCAUUGUUGUUUGUAUCCUCAGCACUAUUUAUCAUCGUGAAGCUAAGAGGAGAGACGUGGAGGCAAAAGCAUAACCAACAAAAGGCAUUGAAAAAGCAGCAAGAGGCAUCUUAG